AUGUUUCCGAGGACCCGCCUCUCACUGCAGAUUGCAGUAUUCUUCCUCCUCUUCAUCCUGCUCCCUGAAAUUUGCAGAACCAGGGGAAAUCACCGUCAUCAUUACCCAUACUGUCCGCCUUCCUCUUGUGGGAAGAUUCACAACAUAAGCCAUCCCUUCCGAUUGAAAGGGGAUCCACCCAACUGCGGGGACAGCAGAUAUGAACUGUGGUGUGAUCAAGAGCAGAAUCGCACAGUAGUGCAGUUGUAUUCCGGACAAUACAACGUGGAGGAUAUCAACUACACAGACUACUCAAUGCGGCUGGUAGAUCCAGGCGUGCAGAAAGACAACUCCUGUUCUUUGCCUUCUCAUUCUUUGGGUGACGGGAAUUUCAGCUACGGAGAUCCCUAUGUCCUGGAGACUGAUGGACGGAACAAAGCCAUAACUUUUCUGGAUUGUGCAGCUGCGGUAACUUAUGUCCAGUACUACGUGGACAUUACCCUCUGCGGUAGGGGCAAUACAGCUGAGAAUGCUCAUUCCAUCACCUCUUCUUCAUCCCCUGGAGAUUCCUGCCCCAACCAUUCUUAUGCUAUCUUUGGACGAAAGACCAUGUCAGAUGUGGUGGACUCUUGCAGCAUCCGAAUGGUGGCCUGGGUUCAGAAUCCACCAACAGCAGGAGAUUUAAUCAGUGAUCAUAAUCAUCAGCAAAAUAUUUCUUUUGCAGCCAUCCAUGACAAGCUGGCUUAUGGGUUUUGGAUUUCAUGGUAUAACUUUCGCUGCGGCCGGAAGUGCUUCGCAACGGGUGGCUACUGCCUCCGUGAUAACAAUACCAUUACCUGUAAAUGGUGCUAUGUUUAUCCCAAGAUCACCUCCAGCCGCCCCUUCAAAUGUGCGUGA